GAUCAGGCUAGCCUUACAUUCUCGGGCAGCAAGGGCUGGGGAAAGCAAGCAGGAAAGGGGAUUACCCAGUUGGCUCUGGAGUCAGCAGGCCCUGCUCUGUUUGUGUUGUGCUGCAUGGAGGGUGGGGGGUGCAUUAUAAAUGCAGCCAGCCAGAGGGCCCCUGGCUCAAAACCUAGGACUCAAAACCUAGGACUGCACCAUCUCUGGGAGUCUGUGCAAGCCUCCCCAAGAUGAAGCUGCCAGGCCAGGAAGAGUUUGAAGUCUCCAGUGCUUGUGAAAAUGUGCCCACAGGAGAGCUGGAGAAUGGCCCUGGCUCUUGCCCCAGCCCUGAUGGCACCUCAGACACAGACAGAGGGGAUCGGGGGGUACCCACGGACCCUCUGCUCUUCAUUCAACUGAAUGAACUUCUGGGCUGGCCCCAGGCACUGGAGUGGAGAGAGACAGGCAGGUGGGUGCUGUUUGAGGAGAAGCUGGAGGUGGGUGCAGGCCGGUGGAGUGUCCCUCACGUGCCCACCCUGGCACUGCCCAGCCUUCAGAAGCUCCGCAGCCUACUGGCCGAGGGCCUUGUGCUGCUGGACUGUCCAGCUCAGAGCUUCCUGGAGCUCGUGGAACAGGUGACAAGAGUGGAGUCGCUGAGCCCAGAGCUGAGAGGGCAGCUGCAGGCCUUGCUGCUGCAGAGACCCCAGCAUCUCAUCCAGCCCACAGGCACCAGGCCCUGCCAGGGGUCUGCUCAUCCAAGAGAGGCUUCUCACAAUGAGGAAGCCCCGCUGAAGGAACAGCGUCAGAACCCUCUGAGACGGAAGCUGCCUCCAGGGGCUGAGGCAGGGGCUGUGCUGGCAGGAGAGUUGGGCUUCCUGGUACGGCCCCUGGGGGCCUUUGUACGACUGCGGGAUCCAGUGGUGUUGGGGCCCCUCAUUGAGGUGCCCCUUCCCAGCAGGUUUUUCUGCCUCCUCCUUGGUCCCUCCACACUGGGAAGGGGCUAUCAUGAGAUGGGCCGGGCCAUGGCCGUCCUCCUCAGUGACCGGCAAUUCCAGUGGUCAGUUCGUCGGGCCAGCAGUCUUCAUGACCUUCUGGCAGCCUUGGAUGCCUUCCUAGAGGAGGUGACAGUGCUUCCUCCAGGUCGGUGGGACCCGACAGCCCGGAUUGCCCCACCCAAAUGUCUGCCUUCCCAGCACAAAAGGCUCCUCUCACAACUGAGGGAGGUCAAGGGCCCAUCUGCCCAGCAUGGGGCCCUGGCUGAGGACAGACAUGGUCACUGGCCACAUGCGCCCAGCCCAGAGUUACAGCGGACAGGCAGGCUGUUUGGGGGCCUUGUCCAGGAUGUGCGUCGGAAGGCCUUGUGGUACACCAGUGACUUCCUGGACGCGCUGCAUCCCCAGUGCUUCUCGGCUGUGCUCUACAUCUACCUGGCCACCAUCACUAACGCCAUCACUUUUGGGGGUCUGCUGGGGGAAGCCACCAAUGGUGCUCAGGGGGUGCUGGAAAGUUUUCUGGGCACUGCAGUGGCUGGAGCUGCUUUCUGCCUGAUGGCUGGCCAGCCCCUCACCAUCCUCAGCAGCACGGGGCCAGUGCUGGUCUUUGAACGCCUGCUCUUCUCCUUCAGCAGAGAUUACAGCUUGGACUACCUGCCUUUCCGCCUAUGGGUGGGCAUCUGGGUGGCCACCUUUUGUCUGGCACUAGUGGCCACAGAGGCCAGCGUACUGGUACGCUACUUUACCCGCUUCACCGAAGAAGGCUUCUGUGCCCUCAUCAGCCUCAUCUUCAUCUACGAUGCUGUGGGCAAAAUGCUGAGCUUGACCAGUGCCUAUCCCAUCCAGAGCCCUGGCUCUCCUGCCUACGGCUGCUUUUGCCAGUACCCAGACCUGGGAGGAAAUGAGUCUCAGUGGAAGAAGACAGAACCAAAAGACAGAGAUGACAUUUCAAGCAUGGACCUAGGCCUGGUCAAUGCCUCCUUGCUGCCCCCACCCGAGUGUGCCCGACGGGGAGGCCACCCUCGUGGUCCUGGCUGUCAUAUAGUCCCAGACAUCACCUUCUUCUCUGUCCUCCUCUUCCUUACUUCUUUCCUCAUAGCCACGGCCCUCAAGCAUGUAAAGACAAGCCGCUUCUUCCCCUCUGUGGUGCGCAAAGUGCUCGGUGACUUCUCCUCAGUCCUGGCCAUGCUGCUGGGCUGUGGCCUCGAUUCCUUCCUGGGUCUAGCCACACCAAAGCUCAUGGUGCCCAGCGAGUUCAAGCCCACACUCCCUGGGCGUGGAUGGCUGGUGUCACCUUUUGGAGCCAACCCCUGGUGGCUGAGUGUGGCAGCCGCCCUCCCUGCUCUGCUGCUGUCUAUCCUCAUCUUCAUGGACCAGCAGAUCACAGCGGUCAUCCUCAACCGUGCCGAAUAUAAACUGCGGAAGGGAGCUGGCUUCCACCUGGACCUCUUCUGUGUGGCUGUGCUGCUGCUGCUCACAUCAGUGCUUGGGCUGCCCUGGUAUGUCUCAGCCACAGUCAUCUCCCUGGCCCAUAUGGACAGUCUUCGGAGAGAGAGCACAGCUUGUGUCCUGGGGGAACCCCGGAGCUUCCUUGGCAUCAGGGAGCAGAGGCUGACAGGCCUGGUGGUGUUCAUCCUCACAGGAGCCUCCAUCUUCCUGGCACCUGUACUGAAGUUCAUCCCGAUGCCUGUGCUCUAUGGAAUCUUCCUGUACAUGGGAGUGGCAGCGAUUAGCAGCAUCCAGUUCACAAAGAGGGUACAGCUAUUACUGAUGCCAGCAAAACACCAGCCAGACCUCCUCCUCUUGAGACAUGUGCCUCUGAGCAGGGUCCACCUCUUCACAGCUAUCCAGCUUGCCUGCCUGGGUCUGCUUUGGAUAAUCAAAUCUACUCCUGCAGCCAUCAUCUUCCCCCUCAUGUUGCUGGGCCUGGUGGGGGUCCGAAAGGCACUGGAGUGGGUCUUCUCACCACAGGAACUCCUUUGGCUGGACGAGCUGAUGCCAGAGAAGGAAAGGAACAUCCCUGAGAAGGGACUGGAGCCAGAGUACUCACUUAGUGGUGACACUGAAGAUUCAGAGCUGAUGUAUCAGCCAAGGGCUCCAGAGAUCAACAUCUCUGUGAAUUAG